AUGGGUAGCUUGCUGUUUUUGCUCUUAUGUUUCACGGAGUGGGCAUCCCCCGCUACUGUCUAUUUUGCGGUCAACCUGACCUGGGCCAACCAUACUGUCGCAGGGGUUCAGCGAGAGAUUAUCCUUACCAAUGGACAAUACCCUGGUCCUGAACUGCGAUUGAACCAGGGCGAUGAUGUCUACUUUGACGUGUAUAACGGCUGUCCAUUUAAUGCGACAGUACACUUCCACGGCAUUGAACAAAUCGGUACACCAUGGUCAGAUGGAGUUCCUGGCAUGUCCCAAACGCCCAUUGAAUCGUACAAUGACUUCCGUUACCACUGGAAAGCAGAUCAGUACGGUGCCUAUUUCUAUCAUGCACACCAUCGCGGCCAACUGGAAGAUGGCUUGUACGGGCCCAUCUACAUCACUCCAUCAAGUACCGUGAUAAAGCCAUUCAGUCUGAUAACGAGCGACAAUGUCGAGGUUCAAGCCAUGAUCGACGCGGAAGAAAAUACUUCACCGCUGCUGCUCUCGGACUGGCGUCUCUUAACCUCGGAACAAAUUUGGGAUGCUGAGGAGGCCUCUGGGGUUGAUGCAUUUUGUGCCAAUGCUCUACUGAUCAAUGGAAAGGGCUCAAUGACAUGCUUUUCGCAAGAUGAAAUCAAUGGCCUAACAACCCCAGCGCAGAAAGGCGCUCUGGGAAAUGAGACCCUUACUGAUAUCGCAUGCUUUCCUCCAACCGUUGCGCAAGGCGACUUCCCUCACAAUCCUAGCGCUCUCCUACCAACCAUGUUCUAUGGGUGCACACCUUCCCAGGGACCCCAACAAGUCAUCGAUGUGGACCCAGAUUGUCCAUAUAUCAGUUUGGAUCUUACCAGUGCUGCUGGUCUACUACAUCUCACAUUCUCCAUCGAUGAGCAUUUCAUGUGGGUAUACGCCAUUGACGGACACUACAUUGAGCCCGUCGAAGUCAACGCCAUCAAUAUCCCCAACGGAAACAGAUAUUCCGUUCUAGUCCCAGUGAACCAGACUCCAGGAGACUAUACAAUUCGCAUGGUCAGCGGUAGUAAUCAGCAGAUCCUUAAUACAACGGCCAUUCUACACUACGAAGAUUCAGACCAGCUCAAAAGGACUUCGAAUUCGUGGAUCACACUGACGGGUGGCAAUGCCACAGUAGAUACCGUCUUCCUCGAUGACACUUCAGUCGUGCCCUAUCCAGCCAUCGCCCCGUCCACCAAUGUCGCCGCCACAUAUUUCCUAACAAUCAGUCACUUUGGCGCAUCAUACCGCUGGACACUUGGAAACAGCAGUUUCGAUCUUGAACUCGAAGAAUCUCAGCCGCUACUCUUCAAUCAAACCACGAUUCCCAGUGACCUGAUCAUUCGUACUGAUAACAACACCUGGGUCGACUUAAUCAUCCAAGUCGAUUCACCCGCUCAGCCCGCUCAUCCAAUCCACAAACACUCAAACAAGCAUUUUGCUAUUGGACAGGGCCUGGGAACAUUUACAUGGUCAUCGGUCGCGGAGGCAGUGCAAUCUAUUCCAGGCUCAUUUAACCUAGUCAACCCCCCGAUCAAGGAUACCACUGCAACACCGGUUGCUGAUAGUGGCCCUGGGUGGCUGGCUAUCCGAUAUCAGGUCGUCAACCCGGGUGCAUUCUUGAUUCAUUGUCAUAUUCAGGUUCAUCAGAGUGGUGGAAUGUCAUUGGCCUUGUUGGACGGGGUGGAUGCGUGGCCCACUGUGCCGUCGAACUAUCUUAAUGAUUCAGGGUUCUGA